AUGUCACAAUACAAGCAAAAGAACCCAGACGAUGUUGUCAUUGUUGCCGCUUAUCGUACCGCUUUAACCAAAGGUGGAAGAGGUGGAUUCAAAGACGUUGGAUCCGACUACCUCUUGAAGGAGUUGGGAGAACAGUUUAUCAAAAAGACUCACCUUGAUCCAACCCUCGUUCAGGAUAUAGCCAUCGGUAAUGUGUUGCACGCAAGAGGUGGUGACUUUGAACAUCGUGCUGCUUUAAUGGCUGCUGGAUUCCCACACACCACUCCUUUUGUUGCCAUUAAUAGAUUUUGUUCUUCCGGUUUGAUUGCUGUUUCGCAAGUAGCAAACAAGAUCCGUACUGGUGAAAUCGAGUGUGGUAUUGGAGGUGGUGUUGAGUCUAUGUCUAAAGACUAUGGUCCAAAUGCCAUCACCAAGUACGACCCUGCAUACGAGAACAAUGAAGAGUUUAAAAAGAAUCAAAUUCCAAUGGGUAUCACUAAUGAAAACGUUUGUGAUAAAUUUGGAAUCUCAAGAGAAAAGCAAGAUGAAUUCGCCGCCAAGUCUUUUAACAAGGCUGAAAAGGCUCAAGCUGAAGGUAAAUUCAAGGAGGAAAUUCUUCCAAUCGAAUCUUGGAUUGAAGAUGAUGAAGAAGAAGAUGAGGAUGGUGAACCAAUUGAGAAGAAGGUUGUCAUUUCAGAAGAUGAGGGUAUUAGAAAGGGAGUCACCCCUGAAAAGCUUGCCAAGAUCAAGCCUGCAUUCAAAAAAGAUGGUUCUACAUCUGCUGGUAACGCCUCUCAAGUUACCGAUGGUGCUGCUUUGGUAUUAUUGAUGAGACGUUCAUUUGCUGAAAAGCACGGUUAUCCAAUUGUCGCCAAGUACCUUGGUUGUUGGGUUGCUGGUGUCCCACCGGAGAUUAUGGGAAUUGGUCCUGCUGUUGCCAUCCCAAAGGCUUUGCAAAAGACUGGUCUUAAAGUCGAUGACAUCUCCGUUUUCGAAAUUAACGAGGCCUUUGCUGGUCAAUGUUUGUACUCGAUCCAAUCAGUGGGAAUCCCUGAGGAGAAAGUCAACUUGAAUGGUGGUGCCAUUGCUUUGGGUCACCCUAUGGGGGCCACUGGUGCUAGACAAUACGCUACUAUCUUGCCAUUGUUGAAGCCAGGUCAAAUUGGAUUGACUUCUAUGUGUAUUGGAACUGGUAUGGGUGCCGCUUCCAUCAUUAUUAGAGAAUAA